AACCCCAGUGGCUUCAUUGGCUCCUUGAUUUAAACCACGCCCGGCUUUCUGCCCGAUUAGCUGCUGCGGGGCCAGGCCACCCAGCCACAUCCCCUCCGGGUUUGCAGGGAGCGCCCAGCUGCUGCUGCGGUAUUGUGUGGAUGCCGCGCGUGCCCUCUCCUCUCUUGCAGAGAUGGCUAAUAGGGGCCCGAGCUACGGCUUAAGCCGAGAGGUGCAGGAGAAGAUCGAGCAGAAGUACGACGCCGACCUGGAGAACAAGCUGGUGGACUGGAUCAUCCUGCAGUGCGCCGAGGAUAUCGAGCACCCGCCCCCCGGCAGGGCCCAUUUUCAGAAAUGGUUAAUGGACGGGACGGUCCUGUGCAAGCUGAUAAACAGUUUAUACCCACCAGGACAAGAGCCCAUCCCUAAGAUCUCAGAGUCGAAGAUGGCUUUUAAGCAGAUGGAGCAAAUCUCCCAGUUCCUUAAAGCUGCGGAGAUCUACGGUGUCAGGACCACUGACAUUUUUCAGACAGUGGAUCUGUGGGAAGGGAAGGACAUGGCAGCCGUGCAGAGGACGCUGAUGGCUCUAGGCAGUGUUGCAGUCACCAAGGAUGAUGGCUGCUACCGGGGAGAGCCAUCCUGGUUUCACAGGAAAGCCCAGCAGAAUCGGAGAGGAUUUUCAGAGGAGCAGCUUCGCCAGGGACAGAAUGUGAUAGGCCUACAGAUGGGCAGCAACAAGGGUGCCUCUCAGGCGGGCAUGACCGGGUACGGGACGCCCAGGCAGAUCAUGUAAGAGGCCGCGGGCUGCCGCGAUAGAGAGGACGAAUAUUCCACCCCACCGUCUCUAUGAUAAAGAAAUAGUUAAGUCACCUUCUGACCUCUUUCUCAAAGCCUCCUAUCCCUGUUUUUUGCGAAAGUGCUGCAUUUCUGCUGA